UGGCCAGUGAAACAGUGUUGACGGACUCCACUUCUGGCCUCUUCGAACCGACACUUCUUUCUCUCUCUCCUCCGUUGUCAAUUUCGGGCAACCCCAGCUACCAUUGCAUUGCGUUUCACGUUUCCUCCUCUCUACUCUCUCUCUCUCUACUCUCUCUCUACCAUUCAUACCCUAGAUCUCUCUCUCUCUCUCUCUCGCUCUCUAAUGGCAGUGGCAUCUGCGAACUCAGUGAAAACCGAGACCUCACAAUCAAUGGACUCAUCGCCUUCCGGACGAGUCUCCGACGCCGCCUCUGAGUCCUCAUCUUCCGCUGGACUCUCAUCAGCAACAGCCGCAGAUCCACCCAAUUCUUCACCCAACCCUCCCAGAGACCUUGAAUUUCAGCCUCAAGCGUCUCAGAGGAGUGAAGAGUAUCGACGACUGUUUCGUCUUCCACCUGAGGAAGUCCUUAUUCAAGAUUUUAAUUGUGCAUUGCAAGAGAAUUUUCUUCUUCAGGGUCAUAUGUACGUGUUUGGCCAUUAUAUUUGCUUUUAUUCUAAUCUCUUUGGAUUUGAGACAAAGAAAGUAAUCCCAUUUCAUGAAGUCACAUCUGUACGAAGAGCAAAGGCUGCAGGAAUAUUUCCAACUGCCAUAGAAGUUAUGGCUGGAGGAAAGAAGUACUUCUUUACAUCUUUUCUGUCCCGCGAUGAAGCUUUUAAGCUAAUGAAUGAUGGUUGGUCGCAACAUGGUAAUGUGGUUAAAGAAAUCACAGAUUUGCAGGAUACAAAGUUGGAGUUCAAUAGCCAAGAGAAUGGAGAUGUUGUGGCUGAAAAGGCCAAGAGUUCCAAACACAUGGCAUAUGAGUCAGAUUCCAGUGAAAGGCCUAAGGAAAUUCCUAUAUUUGAAGAUUCCGAUCUUCCACUGGAAGUUGAAGAUGAAAUUGUAUCAUCUUCAGUGGUGCAAAAUAACAUGGAAGAAGAUGCAGAAGAAGUUAUAAAUAAUGAAUCUUCAUCUUCCGGAAAGUGUUCGGCAUGGGUUGAGGAGAAUUCUGAUGCUCCUAAAGUACCUGACUAUUAUACAAAGGUGGCAGAAUCAAAGUUCCCGAUUAGGGUAGAUGAGUUUUUUAAUUUUUUUUAUUCGGAUGAUGCUGUUGAUUUCCUUGAAUCAUAUCAUGAAAAAUGUGGAGAUAAAGAAUUUAGGUGCAGCUCAUGGUGUCCUCAUGAAAAAUUUGGGCAUGCUCGUGAUGUGUCGUUUCAACACCCAAUUAAAAUUUAUUUUGGUGCAAAAUACGGCAGCUGUCAGGAGGUUCAGAAAUUUCGAGUUUAUAGAAACAGUCAUUUGGUUAUUGAAACCUCCCAAGAAGUCCGUGAUGUACCUUAUGGAGAUUACUUCCAUGUUGAGGGGCUCUGGGAUGUUGAGAGAGAUGGUGACGAAUCAAAAGAAGGCUGCAUUGUGAGAGUAUAUGUGAAUGUCGUAUUUUCCAAGAAAACUAUGUGGAAAGGGAAGAUAGUGCAGACUACUGUUGAAGAGGCUCGAGAUGCUUAUGUGGUUUGGAUGAAACAUGCACAUGUACUGUUGAAGCAAAAGAACCUUGAGAAAGAAGAAGCUGUCCUCAUUAUGAAUGGUCAAAUUCGUGAAGAAAGGCAAGAAAAAACCGGGGAACUUUUGGAAGGGUCACAAGGAGCAAGCGACUCAAGGAUGUCACAGAUGUUGCCAGAUUCUGAGGAUGUUAACCAACUAGUUGGUGAUCGCUUGCAUGGGAUGUCGAAUGGUGUUACUUCCCUUGCAUCUUUAUUUAGAGAAUCCAUGGUGAAAUUCUAUUUGUCUUUGAAAUCUCAAAGCCAAGUUCCACUAGUUGUAGUGAUUACACUUGUUAUGAUUCUUCUACUGAUGCAGCUAAGCAUAGUCAUGCUGCUAAGUAGACCUCAACAAGUCCAAUUGAUUCCUCAACCCGAUUACAUGAGUACCACGUGCAGUUUAAGCGAACGAAUGCCUGGAACGAUGGCCUGGGUGGAGAAGCGGAUUGACCAUCUCAAGGACGAAAUGCAUGUGAUCGAGACCUUGCUAGAAAAGAUGCGGCACGAGCACACAUUCUUGAAAGCACAACUGGAAGAUCUAGAGUACUUUAGAAGGCAACAAAGAUGAUAGGUAACUGUACAUAUGCCCAUUCUUCAUUAUGCUGAUAAAUGUUCAUUUGAUUUUCAUUUUUUUUUAUUAUUUUAAAUUCAAUUUGUAAAUCUGAAAAAUACAUUUCAAUCUGGAAGAUGAGAAAAUUGAUGUUGAGUUUGUGCUAAUCACAAUUUGUGUACAACUUUGCUGGCCUGGCCUUGCAUUUUA